UCAAUCUCAAAAGCUUGUCCUAGCAAUAUCGUAUCUGCUGAACCACUCAAUCCCAAAAGGAUCAACCAUGCAGUCCCUCACGGUGAUUUGUUUCCUGGCUAUGUACACCGUGGCCAUCACCAGCGCUUACCCACAGGAACCGGUGCUGGCGGACGAGGUCCGUUCUUUUGCCAAUUCCCUUUUCGAUGAACUUCCGGAGGAAUCCUACCAAGCUGCCGUGGAGAACUUGCACCUUAAACGGGCCACCUGUGAUCUGCUGAGUGGAUUCGGGGUGGGCGAUAGUGCCUGUGCCGCCCAUUGCAUUGCCCGGGGCAAUCGGGGAGGCUACUGCAACUCGCAGAAGGUGUGCGUCUGCCGAAACUGAAGAAUGCUGAUUGGUUUGA